AGACUAGUCAGUUAGUUCUGUGUUGACUGCGGUUCGAGAAGGUUGACAGUUUUCAUUUUGGCUCGCCCGAAAUCGGUAGACUACCACACUUAGCGGUUUUGGAUUUCUGAUUUCUAUUCGAUUCGAUCAAGGUGACUGCACAAGAUCCGAUCGAGAGAACAUUUUGAGCCUAAACCAACAGCUACCCUUUUCCCCGACCAAAUACGACAUAUACAACGAUAUAGCAACCCGUUUUCGAAUCGCAACGUACUAAGCGCAUUAUUUGUCAGGAAUAUUAUUUUAAAAGUAUCAAUUAAGUCUCGUUAAAAAAUGGCUUUAGAAAAAAUUGCUAUGUCCCAGCUAGCGAUGGUUGAGGAACAACAAGAACGAAUUGGAAAUCAAAAAUGGACUCAAUACUUAGCUGCCUUUAUUGCGACGAUUGGUGGGUUCAUCGCGGGUUCAGCCCUAGGAUGGACAGCUCCAGCCGGUCCAAUGAUGGAAAACAAUCAAUAUUCAUUCCCUAUUUCAAAUGAGAAUCUCGCGUGGAUUGGAGCGUGUAUGCCACUUGGUGCCAUGCUUGGAUGUCCGGUUACCGCUGGCCUAGUCGACAAAUUGGGACGUAAAAACAUGAUGCUAAUGUUAUCUGUCCCAGCACUCAUUGGUUGGGCAAUGAUAAUUUGGGCAGAAUCUGUGGUAUGGAUCUGUGCUGGCAGACUUUUGACCGGAUUCUCUAGUGGAUCGUUGUCUGUUAUUGUACCCAUGUAUACUUCUGAAAUAGCCGAAAAGGAAAUUCGUGGUACUUUGGGUACAUAUUUUCAGUUGCAAGUCACUGGAGGAAUUUUAUUCACCUAUAUCGUAGGAUCUUAUUUCAAUGUAUUUGGUUUGACUAUAAUCUGUGCCAUCAUUCCAAUCGUAUAUGUGGCUCUGAUGGUUUUAAUGCCAGAAAGUCCAAACUUCCAUCUCAUGAAAGGAAAUGUUGAAAAAGCUCGUUUAUCUUUAAGAUAUUUCCGCGGACCAUAUGGCACAGUGGACCAAGAAUUGUCUGUAAUGCAAGACUCGUUGGCGAAGACUGAAAGAGAAAGAGUUCCGUUAAUGGAAGCAUUCCAAACAACUCCAGCUAAACGUGGUUUGUUUAUUGGUCUUGGAGUUAUGCUUUUGCAACAAUUUUCUGGAUGCAAUGCUGUCAUAUUUUACGCUACGUAUAUCUUUAAAGAAUCUGGAAGCGCAAUGGAACCAAAUAUGUCCACAAUUAUCGUUGGUAUUAUGUCAGUAAUUGCCACUUAUGUUUCUACACUGAUCGUUGACAGAUUAGGAAGGAAAAUUCUCCUUUUGAGCUCAAUUAUUGUCAUGGGAAUUUGUACUUUGCUAAUUGGUGGCUUCUUCUUAAUGAAGGCUAACGAACAAGAUGUGUCAUCAAUUGGAUUUAUUCCACUUGUAUCUAUGUGUGUAUUCAUAAUCCUGUUCUCUCUUGGUUUUGGUCCAAUCCCAUGGAUGUUGAUUGGUGAAAUCUUCCCAGCACAAAUCAAAGGAACCGCUUGCUCGGUCGCCUGUAUGGCCAACUGGUUUUUCGCUUUCAUCGUCACGAAAUUCUUUUCGUCGUUGGUAUCUGCCAUUCAUAUAUACAAUACAUUCUGGUUAUUCACAUUUUUCUGCGUUUUGGGUACGUUCUUUGUAAUUUUCGUCGUUCCUGAAACCAAAGGCAAGACUAUGGAUGAAAUUCAAGAAAUACUCGGCGCGGGCAAUGAUCUUACACCACCAACACAUGCCAAUGUUUCCAUCGACACCAAAGGAAAAUCAGCGGCCUGGUCAUCCAACUCACACACUCAUAAUCCUCUAAAUCAGACUUCAGUUCCAUCCGAUAUUCGUAUAUUAAUUGCUGAUAAGAGAAGGGCUAGAGCCCUAUUUCAACGCAAUCGCCUUCCCUCUCUUAAACAUAAUUAUGAUAAACUUUCUAAUCUCCUUAAAAAAAUGUUGGCCAAACAUAAAGCCUCAUUACUCGAAAAAUUCCUGACAAAUCUGUCUCCAAAUAACGGCAGUCUUUGGAAAGCCACCAAAAGAACAUGUAAACUUAACUCUCCAAAUAUACCAAUUAAAAAAUCAGAUGGAUCCUUCGUCUGCACUGACCAGGACAAAGCUGAAUUAUUUAAAGAUUACCUUCAUGAAACAUUCCAACCCCAUCCUGAUAUCUUCUCUCUUGAAAAUAAUAUUGUUGUUGCUGAGUCUUUAAACUCUCCUCUUCCUGUAUUUCGUCCUGUAAAACAUUUCUCACCAAGUGAACCUAAGAAACCUCCAGAUUCCGUAUCUUCCUUCCGUCCCAUUAGUCUCCUACCAUUUUUCGCAAAAAUCCUGGAAAAAUUGAUCCUUAAGCGCAUCUUACCAAGUAUCUCAAACUCAGUUCUACCUGAUGCCCAAUUUGGCUUUCGUUCUGCCCACUCUACUAUUCACCAGGUGCAUAGAAUUGUUGAUGCCAUCUCGUUCUCACUCGAAAAAAAACAGUAUUGUACUUGCGCCUUUUUAGAUGUUUCUCAAGCGUUUGAUAGGGUAUGGCACGAUGGUCUUCUUGUUAAAUUAAAAAAAACUCUGCACCCUGUUUUUUACCUUAUCAUAAAAUCAUAUCUAUCCAACCGUCAUUUUCAAAUCAGAUUCGGUAAUGCACACUCAACUAUAUCCAAUAUCUCAGCCGGUGUUCCACAAGGGGGUAUACUCUCCCCUGUACUUUACAACAUUUAUGCUGCUGAUCAGCCUACUACACUAAACACUCUAGUUGCUGAUUAUGCAGACGAUAAGGCAAUAAUAUCUAUACAUUCUAAUCCGGAAAUAGCUUCACACAAUCUUCAGAAUCACCUAACCCUUAUGGAAGACUGGUACACUAUGUGGCGCUUCAAAAUUAACCAGUCUAAGUCCUCGCACACUACUUUCACGCUUCGUCUCUCUCCCUGUCCCAAGCCCAUCUGGACAUAUGGCAUUCAACUCUGGGGUAAUGCAAAAGUAUCAAACAUCAACAAAAUACAAACCUUCCAAAAUAUAGCGCUAAGGAAACUACUUAAUGCUCCACCUUAUGUCUCCAACCAGUCCAUACAGCAAGAUCUCAGGAUGAACUCCGUUAAAGAUGAAGCAAAACUCUACUACAAGCGUUUCAACAGUAGGUUACCCAAUCAUCCUAACCCUCUUAUCAAAAACCUAGCAGUCCCUUCGAUUCCGGGUAACCCCGUCAGACGUCUCAAACGAAUCACUAAACUUUUAUCUGAUAUAAGUACAGAGAUAGAUCAUAAUAUGAAUAAGAUAUUUGAGGAAAAAAGUAGAGUAUAUAAUUAUGAUGACAAUCAUGUUGCUACUAGUUUCAGACGUCCCGUUGAUGAAGAUGAAGUUGAAACACCGAAAAAAGUCUAUGGUGAAAAAUCUCCACUUGUUAACAAAACAGUUACUAAAACUAUAACAAUAGCUCAACAAAUUGCUGCUGAUAGCAUAGAAUCUCAAGUACAAACUCAAAAAGGAAAUCAGUAUUUGGCUGCAUUAAUCGUUACUAUUGGAGGGUUCAUCAUGGGCACAACACUUGGGUGGACAUCUACUGCGGGUCCAAUGAUGGAAAACGGUCAAUAUGGAUUUCAAAUUACUGUGGAAAAUGUUUCAUGGAUAGCAUCAGUCAUGCCACUUGGUGCCAUGCUGGGAUGUCCAGUUAUGGCUGGUCUAGUCAACAAAUUAGGACGUAAACAUCUUAUGAUAAUGUUAACCAUACCUACACUUGCUGGUUGGGCAAUGAUAAUAUGGGCUAAAUCUGUGAUAUGGAUUUGUGCUGGGAGAUUUUUAAUCGGAUUUUCUAGCGGAUCAUACUCUGUUAUUGUACCUAUGUACACUUCAGAAAUAGCUGAAAAGGAAAUCCGUGGUACUUUAGGUACUUAUUUUCAAUUACAAGUUAAUGCUGGAAUCUUGUUCACAUAUGUUAUAGGAUCAUAUCUUGAUGUAUUUGGUCUAUCUAUUGCUUGUGCAAUCAUUCCAGUGAUUUAUUUAUACUUAAUGUUUUUAAUACCAGAAAGUCCAAUUUUCUAUCUCAUAAAAGGAAAUGUUGAAAAGGCCCGAUUAUCGCUAAAAUAUUUCCGCAAGCCUGUUGAUUGUGUAGAUCAAGAAUUAAAUACUAUGCAGAGUGCAUUAGCUAAAAUUGAAAGGGAAAGAGUUCCUAUCACAGAAGCAUUCCUAACUACACCAGCCAAACGAGGAUUGUUCUUAGGUCUUGGAGUUAUGGUUUUUCAACAGUUUUCUGGAUGUAAUGCUGUUAUAUUCUAUGCCACAACUAUCUUCAAUGCAACUGGGAGUUCAAUUUCAUCAAAUACCUCCACAGUUAUUAUUGGUAUUAUGGCUGUAGUGUCUACAUAUGUAUCAACACUAGUUGUUGAUAAAUUGGGACGAAAAAUUCUUCUGUUAUAUUCUAUUGUUGCAAUGGGAAUUUGUACAUUUCUCAUUGGUGGAUUUUUUUAUGCAAAAGAAUUCAAUUACAAUACUUCAUCUGUUGGAUUUAUUCCAUUGGUGUCAUUAUGUAUAUUUAUAAUAUUAUUCUCUGUUGGUUUUGGCCCAAUUCCAUGGAUGUUAAUGGGUGAAAUAUUUCCAGCUCAAAUUAAAGGCAUUGCUAGCUCAAUAGUUUGCAUGUCAAACUGGCUGUUUGUAUUCUUGGUUACCAAAUUUUUCACAUUAUUGGUUUCUGCUAUUUAUUUAUACAACACAUUUUGGCUAUUCACAUUAUUCUGUGUAUUGGGAACAUUCUUUGUGGUGUUUAUUGUACCAGAAACCAAAGGCAAGACCAUGGAAGAAAUUCAAGAACUUCUUGGGGCUGAUCUCAUUCCACUAUUAACAGAAAAUCGUGAUGAUGUCUAAAACUAAUCAAUUUUAUAUUAUUUAUCCACCAGUCAUCGUUUACUAUUAUUAUU